AUGGCAUCGGCGAAAGCAAUCGCUACUCGCCCUGCGAUCAAAUCCGGCUCCGAUGGCGGAUUCGGGGGGAACUGCGGCGGCUUUAGCUCCGCGGAUCGCGCGGCCAAGGCGGGGAAUCGCGCGCAGUUAGCGUCGGUGUUCCGCGCGUACGGCCGCCUGCGCGCGGCUCUGCAGCGGCGGAGAGGCGACGGCGGGGAGCCGCCGGGCGCGGAUAAAGACAUUCAGGCGGCGUUCUUCGCGAUGCUGGACGCGGCUCAAGGCUGCAUCAGCGUGCGGAGGGUAGCAGCAGGCCUCAUCCCCCGCUAUGCGCGCUUCUGCCCCUCGGGAUUGCCGGACGCGGCACAGACGCUCAUGCAGCUGGCGGACUGGCCUUUAACAGGAGAUGGAGCGGCGACAGCAGCAGCAUCGGCUGAGGGGAAACGGGGGGUUUCCCCUGAAGGUGGCUCUUUGUUUGAUACAGAAAGGAACCGAACGGGCGGCAGCAGCACCGCAGUAGGGUUACCACCAGACCUAGGUUCGGAGGACGGAGGUCUGGAGCUGACCUCUGGUCCGGAGCUAGCCUCGGUAAAGCAAAUCGUGGCAGCGGCGGUGGUUCGGGCGAUGCAAUUACAGCCAGAGGCAAUGCUGGGGGCGGCGAUAGAACAGGCACGGACGGGGGGGUGUGGAGGGGUUGGGAGGGGUGGUGGUGAGAGGCAGAGGGGUAAACAGGCGAUCUCGUUUCUGCUGCAGGUGACUGCUGCUCGGGAGGUGGUGAGUGGGGAGGGGGAGUGGGAGUGUAAGGAAGGCAGGAAGGGUAAGAGGGCAAAGGUGAGUGAGAAAGAGGAGAAAGAGACGGAAAGGAAGAAGGAAAAGGAGAAGAAGACCAAGGAUGAAUUGGGGGAUGAAGGGAUGGAGAUGAAGGAAGGAGAUGAGAAAGACGACAAGAGAAGAGGAGAGGAGGGAGGAGAGAGAGGUGCAGCAGCAGCAGGUGAGAGUGAGAAGGGGGCUCGUGGUGUUGAUGGUGAUGAAGGUAAUGAGGGGAGUGGUCUGAGGAAGGAGAAGUUGGGGAAAGCAGAGGCGGAGGAGAAAGUGGAGGAAGAGGCAGAGGGCAGUACACCAAAGAAGGUGUGUCCCCCACAAAGGCAGAGGGAAGAGAAGGAUGAAGAGAGGGAGGAAAGGGAGGGGAGGGAGGAAAGGGAAGGGAGGGAGGAAAAGGAGGGGAGAGAGGAGUUCGGGCUACAAGGAGAGACGGGCAAGGAGGAGAGUGCCAGGAACAAGCGGAAGAGAGCGCAGGAGCAGUCCAGCAUGGCGUUCCAAGCCUUGGAUGGACGUCCGGAGUCGCUUCGGUGGCUAGCUGCGGUGCUGCAGCAGGUUCGGCGGAGUGGUUCGGCAGCAAUAGACUCGCUUGGAGAUGCCUGGAACCCUCUUCAGACGCUGCUAGGUGCUGGCUCAGGUGUAUCUGGGUGGUCGUGGGAUGGGGAGGUGUUUACUGUGACGCGGUUUCUGGAGCUCACCUUCUGCUCCGAGGCAGGGGCGCCUGUACCGGUGGAGGGCGUAUCUGGGGAAGGUCACAGGACGUUUCUGCGGUCCCUCUUUGAGAAAUUUGGGCCCGUGGAUGAGGUGGUGGUGGUGGCGGGCGGCGGGGUAGGUGGGACUGGGGUAGGUGCAUCUGGGAGUGGUUUUGGAGCGGGUGUUGGUGGAGGGGAGGAGCGGGAUGGGUUGGGGGGAGGGGGAGGCGCAGGGGGGAGAGGAGGGGUAGGAAGGGGAGGAGGGGGCGGGGGAAGGGAGCAGGGAUUGCCGGUGCAUGUGGUUGUAACGAUGGUGACUGUCCGCGAGGCGGUGAGGGCGAGGGAGGGGCUGAAUGGGGUGGUGCUGUGGGGGAGGAGGCUGCAUGUGCGCUUUGGGGAUGGACCAGGGGGGGUGUUACCCGGGGGAGGGUUACCUGGUGGGGGAGGAAGCUCGGGAGCAGGAGGGGCGGCGGAGGGAGGGAGGGGUCAGUCUGGGACUGCUGCUCUUGUGUCGGCGUUUAUUGAUUUUCGGUCGGCCGAGUCGGCUAUUCUGGCCCGGUCGCGACUCAACGGGGCGCGAUAUGGCUGCUCCAACAUCCAGGUGGAGUUCAAGCAUGCAGCAUCACGGGCAGCACCCUCUACCCAACACGCCUCCCUCUCCCACCUGCACCACCUGCAUGCCCUCUCCUCCCCUGCAGCCCGCCUCAUGCCCCUCGCUUUCCUCCCCAUCCCAGGCCUCCCCUCCCGCCUUCCCUUCACCCCCGCUGCCGCCCACACUCUCGCCGCCCAAUCUGCCGCCGCCCACACCCUUGCCGCUCAGUCCGCUGCCAGCCUCAGGUUCCUCCGAAGCAUGGGCGCAGGCUUGGGCGGAGGCUUGGGCGCAGGUUCGGUGCCGGACCUGGGGAUAGGUUCGGGAGGCAGUGUGGUGGGGGUGGGUGAGGGUGGGGUGAGAGAGCGGGAUCACGAUGGGGGAGGUGCAGGUGCGGCAGGAGGAGCAGCAGGUGCGGGCGCAGGUUUGGCAGCAGGCUCGGCAGGAAUAGGAGGAGCUGGGGCAGGGGCAGGAGGAGGAGCGGGAGGAGCAGGAGCAGGAGCAGGAGCAGGAGCAGGAGCAGGAGUGGUAUACGGAACAGGAGGGAAGGAGCGGGUCCCAACUACCACUCUUUGGAUGGGCAUAUCAGAGCAAGCCAUCUCCACCCACUCCGCAGCCAGUGCAGCAGCAGCCAUGGCUGCGUUCAGCCUGUCUGAAUCGGAGCUGCAGGGGAUUUUCACGGCUGCUGCGGCGGGCAGGGGAUAUGUGACGCGCGUGAGGAGUGCGAGAUCCAUGAGGGGCCCAUGCCGGUUCAUCGAGUUUGACCGCGUGGAGGCGGCUGCUACGGCGCUGAGGAACAUCGUGGCGUCUGAGAGAUUUGAUUCAGCAGUCCAAGUGCAGUUCAGGCAGCAGAUCAGAGGCAGUCGUUAUGACCCGGCUCUCACAGCAGGCCAGCACGAGCCACUCGGGUGGCCUGAUAAGCUGGAUGUGACAAAGCGGGCAGAUUUCCGGGCAGUGCGAAACACUUUCAAUGCCUGCCCCAGCUCUCGAAGGGAGGUGUGCCUUCUCGUCCCUCUGCCCUCUGCAUCCUCUGCUGCUCGCUCGACCGACGCUGCAGGCCCGUCAUCUGGGUUCACGCGCAUGGUGGACUAUCUGCGGCAGAAGGAGCGUGCUGGGGUGGUGAAGAUCCCUCCGGCCAAUGGCGUGUGGCCACGUAUGCUCUACGUGCUGCCGUGGUCCCGGGAGAUGUGUGACCUGCUGGGGGUUAGCACUGAAUCCCCUGAGUGCCUGCUUGGUCUCAUUCUCCCAGCUGUACCGCUCCCCGCCCAUUGA